GUGAUGUUCAUAAGACGUCUCUCGGUGAAGUCAAGGUUGCUCUUCGCACAAACAGAACAUUUCUUCUGCGUUUCCUUCAAACUUCUCCUUCAUCCAUUUUUCGCUCCAAACAAUACAAACGCUGCAACCACACAAACCCUCUUCGCUUUGAAUUCUGAAAGAAUAGAGGAUUAUGGGUUGCUUUGGCUUCUGCACCGGAGAUGAUAGUGUUGCAAUUGCUGACAGAGGACCUUUCAUGCAAAACACUCCUACUGGGAACGCCAGUUAUCAUGGCAGACAUAAUGCAGUGCCUCCUCCUCGGCCAAUAAAUUUUCAACCUAUUGCUGUCCCUUCCAUUACAGUAGACGAAUUGAAGUCUUUAACAGAUAAUUUUGGCUCAAAAUCUUUCAUUGGUGAGGGUGCAUAUGGGAAAGUAUAUCAAGCUACAUUGAAAACUGGGCGUGCAGUGGUAGUCAAAAAGUUAGAUUCCAGUAAUCAGCCAGAGCAAGAAUUUCUUUCUCAGGUCUCCAUCGUAUCAAGGCUAAAGCAUGAAAAUGUUGUUGAGCUUGUUAACUAUUGCGUUGAUGGUCCUUUCCGUGCCCUUUCCUAUGAGUAUGCUCCUAAAGGAUCCCUUCAUGAUAUUCUUCAUGGACGAAAAGGAGUCAAGGGUUCACAACCCGGGGAAGUGCUCUCAUGGGCUCAGAGAGUUAAAAUUGCUGUUGGAGCAGCCAGGGGACUUGAAUAUCUUCAUGAAAAGGCAGAGAUUCACAUCAUCCAUCGUUACAUUAAGUCUAGUAACAUACUUCUUUUUGACGAUGACGUUGCAAAGAUUGCUGAUUUUGACUUGUCAAAUCAAGCCCCUGAUGCAGCUGCACGUCUUCAUUCUACCCGUGUUCUUGGGACUUUUGGUUAUCAUGCUCCGGAAUAUGCAAUGACGGGACAACUCACUUCAAAAAGUGAUGUUUAUAGCUUUGGAGUUAUACUGCUAGAACUCUUAACCGGGCGUAAACCAGUUGAUCACACACUGCCCCGAGGACAGCAAAGCCUUGUCACCUGGGCAACACCAAAGCUCAGUGAAGAUAAGGUGAAGCAGUGUGUUGAUGUUAGACUAAAGGGAGAGUACCCUUCAAAGUCAGUUGCAAAGAUGGCUGCUGUUGCUGCACUGUGUGUACAGUAUGAAGCUGAGUUUCGGCCAAACAUGAGCAUUAUAGUGAAAGCUUUGCAGCCUCUACUGAAUACUCGUUCUACUCACGCAAAGGAAUCACCAAACAUGUGUCAGUGAUUACUCGUUUUGAGGCAUACUGUAUUAAAGUCCCACUUGUGUUAUUAUAUUUGUGGCUCAAGUAAACGAUGAUGCUAUAUAAAUAGUGAUGUAGGUGUCAAGAUCCUAUCAUAGAUAGUUCUGUUUAUGGCUUUUUGAAGGUUUUAUUUUUUGUUUGUUUUUCGGUUUCCUUUUCUACAAGCCAUGUAAAAGUAAAUAUAUAUUACUUUUCAUGGACAAUGCAUGAUGUCACCUUGAAUUAUAAUUUUCAUGGGAAUCUAGAAGCAUUUUUAUUUUUUCAU